AUGAUUCAUGUUUGUGUGAAUCUUGGCAAUAUUUGCUUGUGAUUUGUAGUAGUUUACUUGGAAUUCCGAGAAAACAACAGGAAAACAAAAUCCCUGGGGCUUGCUCAUCUUCCAGAUUUCUUAUUUCAUCUAUUGUGCAAUAUCUGCAUCUGCAAGUGUAUUAUUCAUUGUGAAUUGUGUACCAGAAAUUGACAUAGCAGAGAAAGUGUUUUCAAAAUGAUGGCUAAUCCCAUUCAGGUGAAUGUACCUGGUACUAUGGGAGGGGUUCCGAGGGUUUCUCCCACGCAGGUGAACAACAAAGCAAGAGGUGGAAGGAAACUAAGGGUGCCACCUGGACUAAAAAUCCAUAAUCCAAACUUGGAGCCUCCAAAAAGUCCAGUGCCUCCAAGAAAUUUGGACUCCAAAGCCACAAUUAAGAUCAAUGACAAACAGUUUGAGAUUGAGGCCAGUGACCUUCAGCUUAUCCAAAAUCUUGGUCGGGGUGCUUUUGGUAUUGUUGAUAAAAUGAUGCACAGACCAAGUGGGGCUAUAGUAGCAGUAAAGAGAAUCACUGUAACAGUAAAUAAUGAGGAACAGAAACGUUUAUUAAUGGAUUUAGAUGUAUCUAUGAGGAGUGGCUCAUGUCCGUAUACAGUACAGUUUUACGGUGCUUUGUUUAGAGAGGGUGAUGUUUGGAUAUGUAUGGAGGUAAUGGACACAUCAUUAGAUAAAUUCUAUAAAAAGAUUUAUGAAGAUGGUCAGCAUAUACCAGAGACUGUUUUAGCAAUUAUCACUUUUUCUGUUGUAAAGGCUUUACAUUAUUUGAAGACAGAGUUAAAAGUGAUGCAUCGAGAUGUUAAGCCAUCUAAUAUAUUAAUAAACAAGGUAGCCCAAGUUAAAAUCUGUGAUUUUGGUAUCUCUGGUCAGUUAGUAGAUUCUGUUGCAAAGACCCAGGAUGCUGGAUGUAAACCUUACAUGGCACCUGAGAGAAUUAAUCCCAAAGAAGGACAAACAGGUUAUGAUAUCAAAGCAGAUGUGUGGAGUCUAGGAAUUACUAUGAUUGAGUUAGCAACAGGAAGUUUUCCGUACAAGAAAUGGAACACACCAUUUGAACAAUUGAAACAAGUGGUACAAGAUCCCCCUCCCAAACUGCCAUCUGGACAGUUCUCUUCAGAAUUUGAUGAAUUUAUAACAUGCUGUUUACAUAAAGAUGUACAGCAAAGGGCCAAUUAUACUGAACUGUUAGAACACCCAUUUGUUAAAAAGGGUGAAACCACAGACUUUGAUAUAACUAAAUAUGUAGAAGGAGUGUUUGAAAAAUAUGGGGAUUUAAAUGAACAACCAAGUUAAUGAAAACUGUGUUUAGACUUUUGUGGCGUGUGCAUGAAGCCUGGAGAAAGAGAUGGAUGGAAGGAAGAUAUCAUCACCAUUAAUAGUUUUUCAUUCAGUGCUUUAAAAAUAUCUUUUCUACCUAUUUUUAUAUAUAUUUUAUGUAUGCAAUGAAAGAUGAUAAGUCUUCCUGUCAAAAAUGGUAUUUUGGUCGUUAAAAGCACUAAAUUUGUUUACUUCUAUAUAAUGAAGCAUUCUUUAUUCCAUACUUUUAUCAAUUUUAAAAACUGCUGAGAUAACAGCUUUUAUUUUUUAAUUACAAGAGUGUGUGGCUGAGAAACUGAUAACCGUUUUUUUUUAAAUGGUUGAAGAAGAGUAGAAAUCAAGUUAAAACUGCCAUGUAAAUGAUUUAAACUUUGUUAAUAACAGUUAUGUUAUGCAUAUUUGUUUAUUUAUUUGACAGCCAAUUUUUGAGAAAAGCAUUUUGCUAUUAUUGAAUUGUCAGAUAUAAUAUAUAUAGAAUAAAUCAUAUUGAUAUAUUUAUUUACAAUGUGAUUAGAUAACAUAAAUGAAUAAAAAGUGUUAAAAAAUCAAAGAAAUGAAGAAUAUGGGUUAUUGAGAAUGAAAUUUUGAAAUUCUAUUUUGUUCAGCUGAUUGUAAAUAUAACUUAAAAAGUUCAGAAGUUUUCAUAUCAUUGUGCAUUAAUCUACUUCUAAACUUGCCAAGAACUUUACAGAUGAGACUUAUAUAAGGUUCACAAGUUACAAUUAUUUCUAAAAUAUGAAAGUUGAUCUUGUGAAUGCGUUUAAAGAAUCUGACGAUAACUUUUCAGUUUUUGUUUUUUUUUUCAUUUUUAGAGUAAGAGCUAUUAAUAUGUUGUUACAGAAGUAUUCAUAUUAUUUGUACUGGUAUUACAUACCUUUUUUUUUAAACUGAGAGCAAUUAGGAUUUGAAGAAUACUGGUUACCUCCCAUUGUUACUUUUGGUGACCAGUAUAAAAUAAAUAUUAAGUUUCAACUGUGAUAAUGAAAUGUGUUUGGUAUGAUUAUUUAUAAUUAAUAUAUUUAAGAAGGUCAAUAUUUUCUAUACUGUUGUUUUCGUGUUUUAGAUAUUUAAGAAAUCAUGAUAAAAUGAGAUAUUGUUGGAAGACAGCACCAAAAUACGUUUUUUUAUUUUAGUAAUGUUUUUAAAUACUUUAAGCUCAUUAAGCAGAAGGCCUUGUGAGUUUUUGCUAUCAUUUGCUGUUGGUCAUUUGCUGUCUGCCAAUUUUUUAUAGAUUUUAUUUGUUUGAAACUUAAUACAGUCUUUGUCAAGAUUUAACUAAAAUAGGGUUCUUAUUUACAGCAUUUUGGAAGGAUCUAAUUAUAGAAAAUGAAAAUUGAAGUUUAUACAAAGUAAUAGAGUGUGCACUAUACCCUAUAUUGCUUAAUUGGAAACUCAAUUUUGAUAAGAACUGUCAAUGUAUUUCAUUUUUUGUAAUUCAAUUCUGAAAAGAAAAUGAAGUGAAGCCAAAACACUUAUAUAGAUGUAUGGGUGGAAUAGAACCAUUGUAAAAGUAUAGGCAGAGAUUGUAGAUGACCGAUAUAUACUCUUUGGAGCCUCUAGUUUACAAUUCAUAUCUAAAUUUUAAAAUAUUUUAAUGUUGAUAAGAGUAAAUUUUUGUAUAGAUUUUGUAGAUAUGGUUUUAAUGUAAUAUUUUAUAUGCAAAGAGAAAAAUUACAUUGCAUGAAAUACAUUGUAGUUCCUAUUUUAUAAAGCAACCUGACAUUUUUAAAGCAAUAUGUUAAUGCAAAUUAACAUACAAAGCUAAAAAAACAAAAACAUAAAACACACUUUUAGCAUGCAAGAUAAAUGAAGAGAUUCUGUUUACACUUUGAUAAGUUUUAGGUUUGGUAUAUUUUAUAUUAAGCACUAAAUUGUCAUUUCACAAAGUCUAAUAUUUUAUUUGUAUUUUAUUCAUUCAUGUUUUUGAAGAGUUACAUUCAUACAAAAUGAUGUCAUCAAGUUAAAAACAAAAAAAUAUUAAUUUAGAUUGAUUAUUUGCAAAUAUUUGUGUGAAUAUUAAAACCAAUCAUCAUAAACUAUUUCAUAAAUAUUUUACCUUUUUAAAUCAUAGUGGUUUUGAAACAGGAAAACAGUUUCUUUCUGAAAGUAUGACUGAUUUAUUAUAUUGAUAUUUCCCUUUAAUUAGAAACAAAAAUGUAGAUCCACUGGCAUACUCCCAGUUAUUGAUACAUUUCUUCCAGAGAUUAUUCAUGGUAUGUUAUAAACAUUCCUGAUUGUUUCUGAAUUUUUAGGGCUAUGUAUAGAAAGAAAUCCAUCUUUAUUUGUUUCAUAAAAGUAUUCACCUGAAAUCAUUACUACAGCACAGUCAACAGAGUGACUGAAUUGUGUUUAAUUCUUUGCAGAUGCUCUUGUUUAGUUCAUUUAUUGAAUAGAAAUUAAAGUUGUCUGUAAUACAUCAGUUAAUAUUUUUUCCUUCUAAUUCAUUGACAUAUUGACAUACCAAAUAUUUAAGCAGUUAGUUAAAAAAAAAUAAGAUUCAUAUUCAUUAUUGAUGUCUUUGUUUGCCAAAAAAAAUGAAAAAUUAUAUAAAAUUAUAUGUUCAUUUUGCAUAAAACUUGGAUUUAUGGAAAUGUCUGCAUCUGACAUUUCAAAGUAUUGCAUAUGUAUUUAAUAUCAAAUAUUAAUUAUGCUUUAUUUAAAUUGAAUAACAUGUAAUGAAAUAUUGUCAAAUGUUAAAAUUAAUAUGUAGUUUAAGAAAGACUUUUAGUUUUGGUCAUGACAAAUUUUGUUUAUUUCAUUUUAAUUGUAAUAUCAUUUUUUAAAUUUCUUGUAAAUAACCAUUCAUAUUAUUAUAAGAUUCCUUGUGAGUCGAUUGUUUAUUUAUUGUGACCACGAUAGGGUUUGAUUCACUAUAGGGGUGAGUGAGAGAGAUGUUAUUGUUAUGAGUGAGAGGGAGCGAUGAUUGUUAUUUAUUGUGCUCAUAUCUCAGGAGAAGAAGCUUGUGAUCUGGAGCAUGGUUAUAUUUUAUACUCCCAUACGUUGAUAUAUGUUGUUGAUAUUUGAGCAAACCAUUUAUUUGUAUAAAAGGAAUUCACUAUAUUAAAGAAUAAAUAAAAAUAAUGAACAGAGAUAA